AUGGGUAGAAAGAGGGAGAGGAGGCAGCUCGCUGUAGCCAUAAUUGUCUUCUCGGUAUGGAGCUUGGCCAUGGGAACGUCAGGUGAGGAGAACCCUAGGUACACAAGUCUGGGUUGCUGGGGGGACUCUGGUGACCGCGCCAUUCCGACACUCGAGGGGACAGAUCCACGCCUGGAUGGCCACUACAGUACCCGCCAGGAUCCCAUCGGGAAGUGUUACCAGGUCGCACGUUCUCGUGGCUUUACCGUGUUUGCUGUACAGAAUGGCGGCUGGUGUGCUGGAUCUGCUAAUGGCCAUACUACCUACAACAAGCACGGAGCUUCCACAGGCUGUGGAGCGGACGGCGAAGGCGGGGGUAUGGCAAAUGAGGUCUACCAGAUCACAGGAUGUUCAAUGGACUACGUUCGUUUUAACGGAGUUUGCUACAAGAGCUUUAGGGCAUGGAUUACGCGCGAUGAGGCUAGACAAGCCUGUGAGGCGGACGGGGCGAUGUUAGCCAUGCCGAAGGACAGCGAGACCAACGCUUUCCUCGCCAGUCUACCCGAGGUAACAGGAGGCCGCUGGCUGGGGGUGACUGACACCAACGCAGACGGUCAGUGGGUACUUGAGGAUGGCCAAACAUUGACAUAUUCUAACUGGAAGAACAACGAACCGAAUGAUGGUAACAUCUGUGCCUCAUUUUACUCCACUAUUGCCACUUGGGAUUCAAGACUAUGCAGCCAUCAGAAGGGAUACAUUUGUCAACGAAAUGAAGGUCGCUUACACAUCGUGGCCAAAUCACAUUGCAAGAGCGACCCCGGAUUCAAUGAUAUAGACACCAGUUACGUGGAGGUGAAUGGACUGCGGAGUUACGUCGCUUAUGGUGAAUAUCGUCGCGGCCAUAAUGCAUUCAUCAUCAACGAGGUAACGGGAGUCGUGGAAAACAGCGAGGCGUUUGACACAUACGGAGAUAGCAGCGCACCAGGAAACGUGCUGGCGUUCCUUGAAGACGCACCGUCGGGCAGAAUACUGGUGGUCCUAGUUCAUGACUCAGGAAACAAUCAACCCAAUCUGACGACGUACGGAGCAACAACUCUUCAACUAGGAUCCCGCGAAUGCUGGGCUAUGAUAACCCAAAAGGGACAGACGCCUGCGUGGUUCGUUGAGGGAUCUACAGGACUUGGGCUCGGACCGACGUACAUCGAAACAAAUACAAGAGCUGAACUGGUCGGUUUCUGGCCACUAAACGCAGAGCAUGGAGCUUCAGACGUCACAGGAAACGGAAAUGACGCAGUAGCAAUAGGAACUCAGCUUGCCUUGGGUCCCUAUGGAAACCUCGACGGCGCUUACCUGUUCUCCGGGACUGCAACUUCCUACCUGGACAUCCCCAACAAUGGCGAGUUGGAUGUGCGCUACUCCUUCACCAUACUGGCACACAUAUAUCCUACAGGGCAGGCUGGACCGAUCUUCAGCUACGUCGUAGAAAACAAUGGAUUUGGACCCCAUCUCUGGCAAACGGCUGCACAGCAGAUGUUCAUUCGGGUGGUAGAAAGGGAUCCAACCACAGCUUUACCAUCCGUCGCGGAGAAUGUGCUUCAACAGAACGCUUGGAACUACGUGGGCGGAUCCUACAACAGUGCAACCGGCACGGCAACCCUCUGGAACAACGGUGAAGUCGUCGGUGAGGUGCACGUCGGGGUGGCAGAAGUGGAGACUCGGUACCCUGUCAGGGUGGCGGUGAGAGACGGCGACAGUCGGUACUUCGCGGGUCGGAUAGCCUGCGUGCAGCUGUACAACUACGCCAUGACGGCAGAACAGGUGGCUGCAGCGAGGGACAGGUGUGAAGGUCAGUUCAGCGUCACGGCAUGUUAA